CUGGUGGUUUGCUGACAGCAGCUGACCUGGACUGAUGGGAUUGUGUGUGCGGUUCUGCGACAGGAUGCUGGGUUUCUGGCAUAGGUAUAUGGAAAUUAAAGAAGAAGGAACUCUAACCUGAUAAUGGAUUUCAGAGAAAGAUUCCUCAGCACACAGAGGAAAAGAUAAACUGGUGGAUAGCCCUCAGGAAUGAUGUCCUUUUGCCACAGUAUAAUUAAUAUUUCCUGUGUGAAAAGCAGCUGGUCAAAUGACGUCCGCGCUUCCCUCUACAGUUUAAUGGUGCUCAUAAUUCUAACCACGCUGGUUGGCAAUCUGAUAGUUAUUAUUUCCAUAUCACACUUCAAGCAACUUCAUACCCCAACGAAUUGGCUCAUUCAUUCCAUGGCCACUGUGGACUUCCUUCUGGCGUGCCUGGUCAUGCCUUAUAGCAUGGUGAGAUCUGUUGAGCAUUGCUGGUAUUUUGGAGAAGUCUUCUGUAAAAUUCACACCAGCACUGAUAUUAUGCUGAGCUCAGCAUCCAUUUUGCACUUGUCCUUCAUUUCCAUUGACCGCUACUAUGCUGUGUGUGACCCACUGAGAUACAAAGCCAGGAUCGGUGUCUUGGUUAUUUUCAUGAUGAUCUCUAUUAGUUGGAGCAUCCCUGCUCUUUUUGCAUUUGGAAUGAUAUUUCUGGAGCUAAACUUCAAAGGAGUUGAAGAGUUGUAUUACAAACAUGUUCACUGCAUGGGGCAUUGCGCAGUCUUCUUUAGCAAAACAUCUGGGGUCCUCGCCUUUAUGAUUUCUUUCUAUAUACCUGGGUUUAUAAUGUUGUGUGUCUAUUAUAGAAUAUAUUUCAUAGCUAAAGGGCAUGCAAGAUCAAUUAAUGAUGCAAACAAGAACCCUCAAAUUGGAUUGGAAGAGAAAAAUGGAAUUUCACGAAGCAAAGAAGGGAAAGCUGCAAAGACUUUAGGGAUCGUGAUGGGAGUUUUCCUAAUCUGCUGGUGUCCUUUCUUUGUCUGCACGGUCAUGGAUCCUUUCUUGAACUAUGCUAUCCCACACAGCUUGAAUGAUGCAUUGAUUUGGUUUGGCUACUUGAACUCUACUUUCAAUCCAAUGAUUUAUGCAUUUUUCUAUCCCUGGUUCAGAAGAGCACUGAAGAUGAUUCUAUUUGGCAAAAUCUUCCAAAAAGAUUCAUCUAGGUGUAAAUUAUUUUUAGAAUCAAAUCCAUAGGAUUAUUAUACCUUACUGUGUUGCACAGCAGUUGGUGGUCAUAUUUAUGAACACAACACAACCGACCACAUGCACCAACGGCAGGGUCUUUUACCAAUUCUUUGAGUCAAAGAGUGUCUGGUGAAUUCAGUUAUAAUGCUCGUAGCCUGCUUCCUAUUUUAGGCAGAGUAGAUGUGUUCUUUGCCAUUCUUACCGUACAUAUUGAAGCCUUGCAAGUCCAGAAUUUAAGGGCUUACAAUUUAAAGAACUUUUCCUGCCCUUAGAUGAACUGCCAUGAAUUUACAGUGGUACCUUACUCAGUUGUUCAGUGGUGGAAACUAGAGGAUUGCAUUCAGGGACACAAAUUAGAAUGACUUUGUCAUUUAUUUGCUUAGAUAUAUAUGUCUUUUUGUA